AUGGUCGGUUUCACAGGUUAUCUGCAAUUAGGUGAUAAGCUCUCUCAAAUAUGGUUAAAUAAAUACACAUUGGCAUUGCUGUUAGCGAUGUUGAAGCUUCUCUUUUUCUCACAGUCUGUACAGCAUGCGAUAGAGGCCUCGCAGACGUACGUACUGUCCAACUGUUACAGCAUCGAUGCUUUCUAUUCCAAAGUGACAGAUAAUACUCCGCACUAUUUGGGCGUCAUGGGGAACUAUCUUAUCGAAAAAGGUAUGGAGGAAACCGUCAAGGCUACGCUGGAGACGCUAUCGCUCAUAGUUUACGCCAGCGAGGGAUUACUCAAUUUUGUCAUUGACUUGUAUCUAGGCACGUAUGCCUGUUUGAUAGUUAGCGCGGUGGAUGGGACCGUAGAUGUCGCCACUAAUACCACCGAGAAGUUGAUCGGUUUGGUCAAUGAGACGAUUUCCAGCGUCGCCAAUGAACUGGAUAAUGGGUUGGAUGACAUCUCCAAGAUAAUCAAUAAAGUCAUCAGCGCUGCAUCCAAAGUAGAGGAUUUUUUCACCGGAGAUGAUGAUGACGACAGCAACAUGACCUCAUCGAUUAAAAGCGUCAAUUUGACCAUAUCCGCCCUGCACAAUUUAUAUAUUCCUUCGUCAAUCAACAACAAACUAGAGGAGCUGUCAGCAAAGACGCCAGACUUUGCUCAAGUUAAAAACACCACGAAGAACUUAAUCUCUGUCCCAUUCAAUGAAGUGCGCAAGAACAUUAAAGCCGUGAACGCCAGUAAACUAAUCGGCGAUACUUCGGUUUUGUACGUACCGCCCGUUUCUGUUUCCAAUGGCACUGGGAUAUGUUCCUCGAAUAAACCAGAGAUUAUAGCUUUUUACACUGUCCUAGGACACGCACUGAAAAUAACUACCAUAGUAUGCAUCACCAUAUUGAUAUGCUUUGCUAUUGGGGCUAUGAUACCGGUCGCAUGGAACGAAAUCAAACUCUGGAAACGGCUUUGCAACAUGAGAAGCCAUUACAUGCUGAGUAGGCAAGAUUCGUACACAUCGUUUUCCAGCGAGAAUACUCACGAGUUGAAGAAUCCAUUUGCCGACCCCCCUUCACCUCCCAACGACGAAUAUGAUGUCAUUGCAAGCUACCAGCAAUGCUUUCACACCUGGAAUACAAGAAUCGCGUGCUGGAUGUCGAAGCUUGUGACCUUAGGAAGAUCACCAGAGAACAUCAAACCUGAGACUAGAAAGAAGAUUGAAUGGGUGGUGGCCUAUAUGACAUCCGAAAGAGCACUGUGCAUCCUAGGAAUUGGCUUAUUGGGGAUCCUGGUGUGCGGGUGCCAAUUUGCCAUGAUCUCUGUGUUGCAACAUAAGAUAAGCCAUUCACUAGCAUCCAGUGACGAUAGCAGUAUCCAGAAUUUACUUAAGUCCAGCAGUGCAGUUGAUAUAGAAAACCAAAUGAGCCUUUGGAGCGUUCACACUAACGACUACCUCAAUACCACCGAGACCAAUAUCAACCAGGAGGUCUUUGGAUGGAUAGACACCACGACACUUUCGAUAAACAAUACGGUGGCCACCAUGAUCUCCGACAUAGACACCACUCUAGCAGAUGUGUUUAAUGGGACACUACUAUAUAACCCGAUGAAAACAGUGGUCGGAUGCGUCAUUGAGAAUAAGCUAUACACUAUAGAGAAGGCAAUGACAUGGAUUCACGACAAGGCUCAAUUGCAAAUCCCAAGAGUCAAUGGAACUCAAAUCAAGCAGGCCUUGACAAAAGAGGCAAGCAACGCUACCAUGGCCGCUGUCAGCUCGCCUUCCACAAACACAGCAAGCUUACUGGAGAACCUUGCAGACGAUAUGAGAGAAGGCCUUUUGAAAGUUCUUCGUGCUUACUACCGCAUAACUAUGAGAGAACUCACAGUCGCCUUGAUUAUCCUGGGUGUGUGGCUUCUGCAGCUGCCCAUAGCUCUGGUCAUCCUGGGACUACGCCUCCACAAGGCUCAUCUUUGUUUCUAG